CCAUCACUGUGGUGGCGUUGCUGUGGUCAUUGGCCGUCGUCUGUAUCUGCUCCGAUCCCUGCAGCUGUUGUGGUAGCCUGUUGGUGCGUCCAGGCAUGCGCGUGCUGCUGUGGCAUGAGCGACGGAGAAGAGAAAGAAGUUGCGAGAGAAAGACAGAAAGAAAGAGAGUGCGUGCUGCACUAGCGACUGUGCUUUUUCUCUGACAGGCGGGUUUAAUGCAUUAACGCACACCGCUGGGGCCGAAUAAGACAUAGACAGCCAGUGUCAAAGACCAAACCCUGAUGGCUGGAUUUGGUUACGCCGAGACCGAUACGUAGUAACGCACCUUUUCUGCCUAACGUUUUACUCUCUGUCAGUUUGGAGACUGCGUUAAGCGCGAACACUCAUUCAGCAGUCAUCCCACAAGCCCCAGAGAGUGGAGCUAAGUAUCCGGAGUGUGCCGUUGUCGUUGUGCAGGUGUCUUGCAUGCUGGCGUUGUGUGUUGGGUUCUUUGCGCUGCAUUGCGUUACGUCGGCGGCUGCUGCUGCUACUGCUAGCGGCGCUGUUACACAAAUAAAACGGCGACGGUGGUGGCGGCGGCGGCGGAGGGGACGGCAGCGAUAGAAACAGCACAACAGUAAUACUGCUAGCAGUCAGCCGUGUUAGUGGUGGUGCGGCAUCAACGACGCUAUCUAAAUAGCGUGUUGUUAUUACGAGGAGCGACUAUUGACGGUGGCCGCCAUCAGGCCCUGUCGCUGUGCUUCACUGUUAUUUAAAGAUACAAACACACACAUAUAUAUGCCCCAUAUUUGUAAAUAUACAUAUAUAUGUAUUAAACCUAUUAGUACCACUGCUAGUGCUGAUGUUGUCUCACGUCGUACGCUAACGACGGAAACAAACUAAUUAGAAGUGCUAUUCGUCAUUAACUAUCUUGAGUCUGGUCUGUUUCGCUAUGUUCGUCUGUCCCUCUGCGGUGACCAACGCUGCACCUGCGCGUGUUAUACGCGAGUAGGGUGUUGUGUAGAGCUCUCUGUGUUAUUACUACGGGUGCGAAGUUGAAGUUGUACUCGUACGCAGUGUUAUUGACACGACGACGACGACUACGACCACGACGCAGGCCAGUUGCCUCGUUAUCCAUCGUCUCUAUUUGUGGCUAUUUAUCCGUAAGUGUUUGCACGUGUCGUCUGUCCAUUUCCGAAAAACAACCGAAACACCAGUGGCAGGGAACAACGACGAAAGACGAUGGUGACGCCAACAACAACAUUUGCCAAUAUCACUUGUCAGCAGCAGCAGCAGCUACAAGUGCUAGUCUGAGGAAAAGCACGGAAUGCCCCUGAGCAUCCAGUCCCAACUAAAAUGACACUGCAGUAGAGACAAACAAGAAGCCAGUUGCCAGCCUCUUAAGACAAAAAGCGACCAGGCAUUAAAAAAAUAACUGAAGGCCGAACAGACACUAAACUCGACGACCUGUACCGUAGAUGUUGUUAACAACAACAACAGCAGCAGCAGCAAAAAGAGGAAAGGGGUCUCAUCAUCAUCUAGUGAACGUGUGGACGCAACGUGAUAGCAGAAAUGAACGGCCAAAUGUGUGCGGUCGGUGUUACACUACCGCUAGCGAAACUCUAUGUUGUACUGAACAGAAUAAAUAGCAUUCAUUGAGAUAUGCAACAGUGUUGUUUCCCCGAAAACAGCGAGUAAACCGGCGUCCAUACGAAAACAAAGCCAACUGCGCACCCAUACCUAUAAUGCCGACAAUCGCUGGCAGCUGUAGCUCGCUCGCGCUGUUCAAUACGUGAAUUGCGUUUAAUGAUUCAAUUCAAUAACACUAAUCAAAUAAGAAAGAGAAGUACUUUGUGGGCGCGAUCAACGACACGUCAGCAAGCGGUAUCUGUAGAUGUUAGCGCAGUAGUAGAACCCCGCUAACAGUUGUACGGAUAGUGGCUGCGCCUUAUCCGAUCGUUCGCUCGUGUUUCUGAAUCAAUCUGUUUAUGCUGUUCGUGCUUGCCUAUCUUUUUUCGUUUUAUUGCCGUGUCCGCGACCGUAGUAUAGUGGGUGGCAGUGAACGUACGUGGAAAUACUACCCAUACACACACAGGUGCCAGCAACGUACUAUAAUGCAUCGAAAAUUUAUCGUCUGGUCGAGCACUGUGCGGGUGGGCAGUGAGUGAGAUAGGAAGGCCGUCUGUGUGUCUGUUUGUGUGAUACAUUCGCUUUAGCUAUACCGUCCUGGUUAUUGAUGAGUGCUGUUUUGCGAGUAAACUAACUGGGGAACUAUUUGGCUAGGCAGGUCGAGAGACAGAAGAUAAGUAAGACACUCACCCGGCCGAGGCUAGCUGCUAUCAGACAGUUCUCGUCCAUCGACGUGUUGAGUAGAGUCGUGUAACAUAGAUAGGAGGAUGGAUGCAUACUAACACUGAAUCACCUAUAAGAGAUCUACGUCGCGCUACAUAUCACGAAUAGUGAAUCUGUUUUCUGCUAACUUGUUUGACUACUUACGCAACUGCCUACGUAAACUUACCCAGGGCUUUGUCUAGUACAGCCCUGCUGCAACCCGUGUCUGUUGUCAUAGCCGCAAAAAGAGCUUGUCGUCGUUGGCAUUGGCGUAGUAUGCUUCUAUUAUUAUUAAUCUGUUAGUAUCAUUGUCACGUCCAUACGAAGGUGACUAGUGAUUGUGGCACCGCUGAAGGGCAGCAACGUCAAUCGAUUCACUGCUUUUUCACAAGCGACAUUGACGCACGUGAAAGUAACGGCAGCCUAGAGCACAGAAGCGGUUUUCUGCCACAUAACAGAUUCGUAUGGAUGUAAAUGGACGAAGAAAAGGAAGAAGACGGCAAAACAACAGCUGUUUCACCCAUUAGGAGCUCAGUGAAUAAGUGGUCAAUCUGAUCACUGUAACUGACGGCCAGUAACUGACGGCCAGUAACUGACGGGUGCCAUAUUUUGUCCUGAGUGUAGUCAGCACAUCGCCAUCAGUGUCAUCAUAAUCGGCAAGCGUAUCGUUAUUCGGAUAAGCCGCGUCAAACGUUUGUCCCCAUAAAUUCGGGGAGCCCGAUCGUGUACUGUACUAAUUAUUAUUAUUAUGAUUUUACUGUUGUUCCCACGACGAAGGUCCAUCCGGAAUCGUAGACACCGCGAGGUCAUGCUCGUGGAUCGGGCGACCAGCAACAACUACGAUAACAAAACUGACUGGUUUUUCUACAAAAACCAAUUGCACAAGAACAACAGCAGUAAAGAGAUAAACCUAACUAAUAUCGCAGUAUAUCACGAUCGCCAUUAUCGUCGCAGCUAUCGAUCCCGUCAUCGCCGGCAUCAGCCAGUAAUGAACGAAUUUUACCAGACCAACAACAAUAUUAGGAUUACUGACAAAGAUUCCAUUGGCCAUUGGCUACAGCGAUUUCUCAUAUUGACCUCGACAAAGACAGUAAGGCCCAAACGCAGCCACAAGUCGAGCCACAACUGUUGUUGACGUUGAUGAAAAGCACGUUUUUCUGCCAUUCAGUGACUGUCAUCCAGUGACCGACUACCGCCUGCCGGGACAGUGCUUCUGAGUGGGCUAAAACUGACUGUCGCCUGCGCGAUCCGCUUCUACUGUACCCGUAAGAGUAAAUAAACGACUCCAUUCUCACGGCCCUCCCCUCAGUACUAUCCCGGCUGCCGUUAUUACUGCGUUGCCGCCACAGUGGACUUGUUUUGGUUGUGGUCCUCCGCGGCUGCAAUGCUGCAGUUCCUGAGAGCGCAUUAGCAUCUGGAACAACAAGUGUCAUACAGACACCAUUUGUCUGCUAAAUAAACUAGCCCCAGUAUCGCUGGUGCGCCGGUCGUUAACUGAGUUUCAAUUUUGCUGCUUGUUAUACUGGUGCGUUCGAUACUUCUUGUACUACCGUUAGUGCCUGUUCUCCCCUGAGACUGUCGCUCUCUCUCACUGGGUCAAAUAACCUGUCCGUCAUCCCCGCAACCCGUACCAGCGAUCCGCGCAAGCCGUCGACUGAACGCUUUAGAGAUGGCCCUAGCCGUCGACUAAGUCAUUCUUGGCUAUUGUUUUUGCUCCCUGUGGCCAGCGGCUGUUCGCUAGUUUGCCGUCGAGUACCGCUUUCUGUCCGAGGAGGAGAUCACCUUUUUCAACGACGCCGACGAGGAGGAGUGCGUCCGCUGAUUCGCUGCGACGGCCACCAUCACCGCCGUCGCGCGCAGCGGCAGCAGCGGUAGAACGAACACUAUUGCAACAACCGUCGCUGCCACAGUCAUUGACUGGCCGUUGAUGCUGCUGUUGUUGUCGGCACUUGGCGACGGACCCACCACGAGACGACGGGACGAGCGCCAACAGCUAUCGCAGCCAUUAGCUGUUGCUACGACUAUUACGGCCAAUACUGCUACUACUACCACCACCACUACUGCUACUACUACUACCACUGCCAGCUAUGACUACAGCAGGCAGUCCCAUCUACAAUCACUGUUCGCUAUUGUUAGAGCUGCUGCCGCUGCUGUGACCAACGCCGUCGCCGCUGAUAUAUGCCUUUUGCUGGCGUCGAAGUCGGACGUUUCGCUGUGGUUGUCGUCUAUUCGACUGUCUGGAUGACCAACGACGACGACGACGACGACGAAAAUUUACAACAGCAGUAGUAGAAGCAGUAACAAGAGCCAGCGACGGCGAAAAAGCUGUACCAAGGCUUGAACAUCUGGGAAAAGACGUCGCUGGUCGCCAGACGUAGCUUGUCCGCUGUCGUUCGUUGGUUCUCCAUUGGAAAAACCGGUCGACCGACCGACCGAUUUAGAGAUCAAACGGCCAGUCAGGUAGCCGGUGCGUAAACCUGAAUGCGUGCGAAUCUUCUCGUUUUGGCGGCAAGCAUCGACCACCAGCGAGAGGAGGAGGAAAUCGUGUCAUGCCAUUUCUUCUCUCGUGGUGCGCCUUCGUAGUCGUCGUUAUCAGUAGUAACAUUAUGAUAAAGAGCUAAGUGCGCGGUUGUGUUUUCCAAAGAAGGUUCUCUUCCCCAUGUUCCUGUAGCUCUCCCCUCUCUGCCUUCCACUGUCUGUUGGGAUACGACGACUGCAACGGACGACAACGAAAGCGAGCAGCAUACUGGAUGAUCGAAAGGCUGCUUGUCAACAGCUAACUUCAGCGGCGCCGACCUAUACUUCGUGCUAUGCUGAGAGACGGAAGGGGCAGAGGUAAACAUUUUCGGAAAUCAAAUCGAAGCGGUUACUUAAGUGAUGAUAGUACGUUGAGGUUAAGGUUACACAAUACAACCAGCAAAUAGAACAAGUCGAAAUUGUUUGCACAUUUGAAAAGGCGCUACUUGCGACGAUGAUGAUGAUGACGACGACGAUAACACCGGCGGCGAUAAUUAUGGCAAAUUAGCGAAAUGGUGAAGUGUCUUUGUGACUGUAUACCGGCCCUUGGAUAUAGCAGCACCUCAGAUUACUUCGAUACAGCUUACGACCGAAUAUCGACAAUUAGAUCACGUACACGUGGAUCUAGUUCUUUCACCUAUAGUGCGAGACUGUGUUUCCGAGAACGCUCGGUCACUGACUUCAUUCGAUGGUCUGCCAAAAGUUUGUUACUUCACGUGCGUCGUACAGUUUACUUGGCAGAUAAACAGGUAGCGUUAAAAAUCAAAGUAAUACCGAAGGGUCCCCAAUCGAUCGCCAUUAUCGCUACGUGCAUCACAGAGCUGGGGAAUGAAAAACAACUGACGUGCAGGUACAAACGAAUCUGAGCCGUGGAGCAUGUGUCUACGUCCUAACUGGCCACGCUACUUGGCCCGACUCUCUUCCGUAGACCCGCCGCCUUCUGAUAAUUACGACGACGACAACAGCAGUAGCAAGCAGUUGCAUCAUUAUCAACAGGAUAAACGUACGUAUCCGAACGACGCUAACCGGAUAGGUCUACGUCGCCGACGGCGCAGUCCGUGUAUUCGAAAUUGCUGUCCAUCAGUUGGUCAUCCCCAUUGCUCGCGGUUGACUGCUUCAUCUGAAGCUUGCAGUCCUUAAUGAGAGUAGUUUUCCAAACCCUUCACAGUACUGGCUCGAAUGGUGAUCAGGCUCUAGGAAGAAGAGUUCACGGGAGUUCCAGGAGUUAGCAGGAAUCUAAAAGUAUCGGUUACUCUUCGCUUGCGAACAGUAGUAGAAGUAACGUGGUUACUCCAUAUCAGAAGAGGGUGGAGCGAGCGCUACUGUGAAAUUGUUGUGUAAUGUGAGCAACUGUUGUUACCUUUCAGUUAAGAAUGAUUAAUAAUUUAAGUUAGAGGUUUUUUUUUUAUAGCCGCACGCACAUCUAUCGUGAGUCGUCGAGGCAGUAAAAGGUGAACGUGCACCGAAAAUAUAUAUUUAUCGAAUUCAUCGGAAGCAACAAAGGAAUACGCGAGGGCUACGUGGUUAAGUGUUGUGUCGUUGAGCGGUGUGUACCGAGCUAAAAGCUGUGAAGCAGAAGCACAGCCAAAGCUGUAGCGUUGAUAUAUAUUCGAUUUGUGUAAAAAUAGUCACAGCUGAAUAUCUAGUGAGUAACAGUCGUCGACCAGUGAUAAAUAUGGCGGCCGCCCCAAGAAAGUUCAUAGAAAAAAUCGCUCUCCAUACACAGAAACAGGCUGAGGAAACAGCCGCUUUCGAGCAGAUCUUAAGGGAGACGAAGGCUGCCGUCUCUGCCGGAGUCAGUGCGAAAACAGGCGUAGCCGACUCGGGCGGGGGGUCAUCUGGCUCCGGAGGAUCAGGCGGACCUCUUUUGAAUAUUCCUGAGCCCCGAGGGCUGGGGGCAUUCCGUGGUGGUUCACUACCGAAUGUCGCUCAAGGCACCACUGGCCAAGGCGGUCUACAAGGAGCCCGACGCAACGGGCCCGUUGGUGAAGACUCGCAGAUCGAUCUUGCCGAUGCCCUCAACAGCCUUGAAAGCAUGAAACGUGGGGAUGUCAGCCCCGGCCGGGGAAGGGCUCAUCAUCGGCAGCGAGCUGCGACUGCCAGCUCACACCAACGGUAUGACGUGUCACCGUACUCAUCGUCCAAUUACCUGCCUCUUCCGCACGAUUCCAAUUGGCGGAGAACAAACUCGGACUCCGCAAUCAACCAAAGUCCUUUGAGGGAUGCCAACUUUCAUCAGACGACCACUUCGCCAUCGCAUCGAAGAAGUACAGUGAACUCGUGUUCACAGUCGGAAGUCAUGCAACAGUUGGGUCUCUACCCCGACGACCAGACUCCAUGUCGACCGCGUUCGGCCGAAGCUGAUACUCGGGGUCCCAUGGGCCAUGUCCAGAUCCCAAGUCUGGCUCAUCUCUCACCGCCGCCUACCAGCGCAGCGCCUGGUGGAAUGGCAUUGGGUCAUUCCGGUUCUCUACCCGACCUAACCAAUCUCCAUUUUGCUACACACGGUCCACUCAGCACAAUCGUUGAUGGUGUCCACCCAGUAUCGAGCCACGUGUCCGGCGUAACGAGCCUCGACGGCUCUCCUGAGAGCGUAUAUAGCGACUACCACGAUUUCCACGAUUGUCAGGGCUCGCCAGUCCAUCAGCCAAUGAUAGCAUUAAUAGGACCAACCGCUGGCGGACCAUCAGUGUCCACAAGUGUUGUUGGUUCCUGUAGCGCGGUUCCUGAUGGCGCUAGCCAACAACAACAGCAACAACAGCAAAAACAGCAACAACAACAGCCACUGCACAAUGGUAACAAGUCAAAUUGUACAGCUGCAGGCCAAUUGGCGAACCCGCAGGUAUCACCGCCCAGGAUUACCGUUGAGGGCUUAACGUUGGACACGAUAGCGUUAUCUCUGAAUGGCGUCGCUGGCGGGAGUAAUGCACCCGGUUAUGGGACGACCCCGUACUCGCCGGAAGGGUCCCCAUGCUCACCUUUGGCCUCUUCGCCACCAUCACCCUUAGGGGGACAAUCCCCCAGCCAAGGAAUUGGAGUCGUUUCUAAUACUAGCCACACUCAAAUGAAUCAUACAUCCCAUGACCCGUCGAACCCUGCUCGACAGGGAAGUGGUUCACCCCAACCCCCGCCGACGGGCGCCAAUGGACCCCACAGUCAACAUCACAAUGCACAAUCACUCAACAAUCACGUUUCCCAAAUAUUCCCUCUACUCAGACAUCGGCGCCAAGCACAAUACCAUCAGGCACAAUCGCUUCGACGUCAAUGGCUGCUUCAGUCGACCCAGGCGCCAUCUUCAUCCAAGAGGCACUACUAUAUGUCCCCAAUGUCCAAUAAUGCGAGCGCUAUGGCGGCCGGUACAGGUAACGGCAACUUCCGAAUAGUUCAGCAGCAGCCUCACUCCCUGCCCACAAGGGUUCUGCACCAGGUGGCAUUGAAUGGUGGAAGCAAUUCCAUUUAUGACGCGUAUUAUAAUCUCGUCGAGUUGAAUAAAUUGAGUCAGGCAGACCAAACGAUGACUCAGACGACAGACGGCCUUCAGGGCUAUUACAAUGGCCUUGCCAGUGGAUUACAGAGUCCAGGAUCUGCGGGGAUUCCCGAAAUUAUUCUUACGGAACCAGGGGCUUUGUUAGAUGAGUGUAGUAAUAACUCUUUGAAGGUGUUGUCGUCCUCGGUUGGCAGCGGAGGUCAGUACUUCACUCCUUCCCCCUCACCAACUGGAUCUCCUUUGCCUUUAUCUCCGCAUCAUGAAAUGCAUUCAUCCCUUAGCAGCGGCCAGGGUGGAGGUGUGCCCCCUGGUGGUGGUAUUCUACAGCCGGUUGACGUGCCCAUGCCAAAUUCGAACAUCAACGAUACUAUGCUCGGCUUUGAUGACCUUUUCCCGGGCGAUCAAUAUGACUUAGAAAAUCUUCAGCUACUACCUGAGCAGGAGGCCGCGAUCAUGGCAGCUGUAGGGGGUGCCCACGGCUUCACGGCGUCCUAGGGAAGCCUGAACGAAAAGCCCAAACUAAGUCAUAUCACUGUCGUCACUAAACAACGGCAGCAACGACAACACGAACGUGGGUACCAGAAACAUCAACAUCAAAGUUCAAUCACUAUGACUUGUACGCUUUGUACACAGGAGAAAAUGCCUAGGAAAGACAAAAAAAGGUAAAUCGUGGAAGGUUAUAUUAGUUAGGAAGAGCAGUAGACAAAUGAUUUCGAUGUCAACGACGGCAGAUGGACAAGAACGAAAAACAUAUAAGACUGUCUGUUGGACAGGAACAAGUGGUAAGGGCAACUACAGAAUUAACGGAAACAGCUGUUGUCGUGAACUGCUCAACAAUCACGGAAUCGUAUUGUUAAAGAGAAAGAAGGAAACAAAUUGCGGGCCUAGAAUGGUAGAAUAUGGGUGGCUCUCAUUUGUGCGGAAUGACGUUAUGUGCUAGUGUUUGAUUAUCAGUAAGAGGAUAUGGAAAACGAAAACGGUAAUAGACUAUUUUAAAGCAAGCAAACGUAUAAAAUUGUGGGACUUCGACCCGUAAUCUACUGAUCGCAUUUUGGUCUGUGCUAGAGCUGUACGAAGGGUAGUGCAGAUGUACAGGUGUUUAUCCUGUAAAUCCUAAUCGCGACAGGGGUCCUUCGUGGACAAUUAACAACGCAUGAAAAUAUUCUCAGCUGCGGAACGGAUGUUGACGCCUGGAAUGUGGUAGCAACAACUAGGUCGAAGCAAACUAACCUUUUCCGCUGCGAUUAACAAGAGAUUCCUUACCUAUUUUUGCUAGCUCACGAGCUACUGCUAGCUAAUAUUCAGUUAACGUCCAAGUCAUAGAUAAAGCUUUAAUGGGGCGCAACCAGACGGACCAGUGAAAUGGAGGCGAUUGUCGCUAAAAUAUCGAAUGCAGACAUUGAGCUAAUUACUCAGAUGAAUGUGAGUGAAUGAAAAAGAAGGUAAACUGAAGCUAGGCGAGAGUCUCAAGUACUUCUAAAAGCAACGUUGAUAAAACCUUGGUAGCUCCUUGUCUUUAAGUGUACAGAACAAACACUAGAGUCGUCACCAAAAAAACCGGAGAAAAGAUUGUCUUCACAGUAUAAAAUCUUACUAAACUGGAGCCGUCGGGGGCCUCGUUUGGAUCGCUGUGCUCCGUUGUACAUGCGCAAAUCCGUGCAUAAAGUAUCCAUCUUGUAAUUUACGUGACUUUCAUACACUAUCGCGGUUUACGCUGAGAUUAAUCUCUCGUUAGGACGCUUAAAAAAUCAAUCUCAACGUGCUAGUUAGCAUAUGAUUUGCAACAGUAAUAGCAAUCAAAGUAUUUGCCUAUCCUGUAUCUGUUUGCGAGCUGAUUACUCAUCUUUUCUUGUAAGGAAACCACGACGCACGCACGUAUCUUCAAAGCUCAUCAAUUGGAUAUUUCCUUAUAUUAACAAGAUUGCGCUACGGAAGAAGGAAAGAUUGAAUGCAUUAUGGAACAGAAACAGCUUUCGCUGUAUCUCAUGACUGUCAUAUUGAAACAGGAGCGAACGUACUUAAAACCAUAGGCACGAGUAACGAUGGGGUUCGAUUCGAUGAAGCGGUAAAUCGCCGUAAGUCCAGAAUGAAUAUUUUUACGUAUCUUAAAUAAUUGGCAUAUCGUAUUCGGUCUCAAUAUAUGCUUGUGUAUAGAUGUUUGCUGAUGAUUUACCGUCUGAACUGCUCUGCUGCCGCGUUCCAAGCGUCAGACAAUCAGGCUCGAAUAAACAUUGAUCCACAGAAUAUUACAUUAAUAGAGGUACGCAAUAUAUAUAUAUUACUUCUUCUCAUGCUUAGACGAUAUUUCAGGUCCUGCAGCUCGUCAUGGAUACAAUAUAUUCUUUUUUAGAUUUAAUAACCUUUGCUUACGAGUCCGUGUUCCCUAAGAAAAGUAGUUUAGUGCUAAUGAUAAUGAUAUAUAUCCUCAGUCGGUUGUACGUGCUGAAAGACCGGCAGUGGUAAUGCUAACGAUUGUGCUGACUAUAGAAUUCACCAAAACAACAGAAAUUACCCAAUCGAUGAAUAAAAAAAUUAACAAUGAUAGUCUGUAACGAUCGCGAUCUUCACAGCAUGAACCACUCCAACUACAAACACACGUGAAAACACACAAAAAAGAAAAUAUUCGGCUACCUUUUUUGAGAUGGAGUGCGAGAUAUCUGCCAGUUUUUUAGGGGAAAAGUAGAGUGAGGGACAAGUGACGCAAAGCCAAUGUCUAAGCGAUGACCGGUGAAAAAUAUCUAUCGACAAUAUUAAUGAAGAAUAUUUUCAAACCGUUGUAAUACAAUGAUUAAACAAGGAAAUGCUAUAUUACACUGGUAUGUACUCAGCCUUAAUUUGAUGAUAAUAAGAAAAUUUUCGUUUUAAAACCAAAGAGAUGAUGUCUAAUAUUGAGUUACACUUUGUCAGAUACGUGUAUUGGAUUGCGAAAACAAGGUGCAUUUACUGUAAAAUUUAGUUGUUUUUCGGCCGGCUUUUAUUUAUUCGAAAAGAUAGCUAAUAUGAAAUUGCUGCACCUUCGGCGUUAAACUUAAAGCAUGAGAGUUCACGUUUGAAAAAAUGUUUCAAGUUCUCGCCUUUAUUGGUGUUCUGCUGUGUCGUAGUAUAUCGAAUUGGACUGCUGCUGCUGCUAAAGAGGAGCGUUUCGCAUCGCGCAGCUUCAAGGCGAACGACUAGACACAAAAACGCUUAAAAUCGUGAUACUGCUGAGCCAAUGAAAAUAAAUAAUACAACAUGUUCAUAGUAAUGAAGCCGCUUGUUGCUGACUCGGUAACGGGAAUUGUUAUCUCCUCUUUCUCUACACUCUAUUUAUAAUGCAAGGACGAUGUAACAAUAACGAUGAUAACGUAGUAAAAUAUAGGAGAUAUGAUAAACAUACCUAUUAGAUAAAAUAACGAUACGUUUCAUCAUUUUUGAUAGAAUCCGAAUUUUCGCCACAGUAAUCCGGACAAAACCUACCAAUCCUACUCCUUGAUGAAACAUUUUCACUUCGCCUACUUAUUAUCGAUUAUCAAAAUGAAAAUAUUAAUAGAUCAUCACCCGAUCAACGUAUCACUGUUGCAAUGUGCAACUAUCAAAAAAAAAACAAUGCAGCAACGCAUAUAUCAAUCACGACCUUGUGAGUUCUACUCGUGCCUGAUCUGCGCAUCUCUACGACUCGAUCCAUAUAGAAUAUCGGUAAAAUUGGAUCGAUGCAUAAGUAUUGUCCGUUUUCCUUUACAACUUUCUUAUCUUCUGUAUUUUUAUUUACCGGCGAUCAAUGGCUAUGGGCCGUUAAAACGGAAUAAGCAAAAUAGAAAAACAGCCAUCAACCUAAUAUUUGUACAUAAUGUAUCCAUGCUCACGUCUGUUACCGCACUCACCGCAUUUGAUAGCAACAACGGUAACAACGACAAUCUAACGAGUAGUAACGGUAUAACAAUGUUUCUUGAAAAUACGACAAAAAAUGCUGAUGAUGAAAAAUGGCCACGGCAAACACACAACCUUGCAAGGGGGUGAACAUGAUUCGGACGAUGUGCUAUCCGAGUGUGAUAAACAAUCAUUGCUUUACUGUAAUAAUAGAUCCUGUGUUAUCUUUUGUUGCUGAAGAUCGCCAACAAUUCGUUGGAAUUAAAAUUAACUUAAAACUAUAUUAGUCACCUAGUUGCGCCACCUAGCAUUGAAUGCUUGCCCCCUUCCAAAGUGUUUCGCUUGCCUCUGGGUAUCACAUUUACUUGAAUCAUGACCACAUCGCAUGAACGUAUAUCGCCGACAUACUGAACGUAAAAAUGAUAGAGAUCAUGUUGCGGAGCUAAAUAUAAUGAUGAUAGAUUGACGGUAACCAAUACUAGUAACUGAUGAUGUCGUCGCGCUGUUCAAGGGGAUCGUGCGAGGCUGAUAACGCGCCAUGUGGAAAAAGCUGCAUGCAAUGUAUUGGGCAGGACUUGUUAAGGUCAAGGAACAAAGCUAUAGUAAUAUAAGCAGAAGACAUGUGAAGUCAAAUUAAAUGAUAACGAUCAUGUAAACAUGAGCUUUCUCCUGUGCAAUGAUAGUCUAUAUUUCUACCGGAUACAUAUUAUCAUAUGUUGUCAAUAGAUAUGGAGUAUAUAUAUACACACAGAUAUAUAUGUCUAUAAGAAAGACAUCAAGGUGAUGAUUGAUUACCGAUGGUUAUUCAUUUGACAUUGAUCGAUCAUAUUAUGGCCGUGACUAACACGACAGCACUUGCUUAUUAUUGCAUCUUGUACGAAAACCCAGUGCUCUUCCGAUCUUACGAUGACAAUAACAGCAAAUUUUCUCUCCCUCCCUCCUUUUAUAUAUAUAUAUACACGCCCAUAUAAAUAGAUCAUCCGUUAUACAUCUAUAGAGAAGCAUAGUGAAGCAACUUAAUUAGAAAACUGUUCAAUGAUAACUGUAAUGAUCCAUAUAGUGAAAGAGUUUGAUAUUUUGCCUCCGGUCACGGCAAUCGUCCUCUGUAUCAACGUGUGAUUCUUUGUGGUCCUUUUUUGGUUCACUUGUUUAAAACUCAUGAUGCUGAAGAAUGUAAGGCGGAAGCGAAAAGAUAAUCGCUCUAUUACAAUGAUGUCGUGUAUAUGCCAGUCUGAUAUAUAUAUAUAUAUAUAUAAGAGACGGUGCGCUGGUGCGCCGCAGACAGUGGUAAAUAGUUCUUCAUCAAACUAAUUGCUGAGCAACGUACAUAUUAACAUACGAUUAUUAUAUGACACAGCAGAAAUCAUGCGAUAUAUAUAUAUAUAUAUAAAUCUAAGUUAAUUCGACUUCAUUGUAUUCUACCAUUAAGUAAAAAAACACUAAUGUAUUGUUUCCUAGUGAACUACCUUUAUCAUUACUAUAGUUUUUAUUGAAUUGCAACUCCAAUGAAAAAGAAAGCCAAGGCUCUUGCCACUGUUCUACUGUUGUUAUUAAUGACAUGUAGAUAGCAUCGGAUAAGAUGUUAUCAAAAUGCCGAUAAAAACUAUUAUCAGGCACCUGAUAAUGAUGAUGUUCAUGUUGAGGCUAUGUGUAUCUGAUUGAAUACAGAGAUCGAAUGUAAAUGUUCAUUUGAAGUUCAGUUCAAUUGCCGCUGUCUAAUGUGUGGGACAUCUAUCAGAUGGCACUAGAUUCUCGUCUCUAGUGCACUUCGGUAGAUGUGACUCGUAGAGUGUUGUGCAAUGGAAACUUGUCGCAAAACGUGCACGACCCUGUUAUAUGUCCAACAUUGUAUUGUCCGCCUGCUGGCGCUUGUUUUCGUCAUAUGGCCGAUCAAUUGAUCUGUUACCGGAAUAAGAUGCAAGUUAUACGGGCGGUAUUCCAGGUCAUUCCCGUUUACCCUGUUCGAGGUCCGCUCGCGUACGGCAGUGGAAUCCUUAGUAAUUGCGGCCAUUUUCCGCUCCCGUAAUGGCUCUAAUGGAGGCUUCCGAUGGCACCUUACACACACACAAGUAAGUAUUCAAUGCGACAGGGCUCGACUCUGCCAUAUACUUAAGCAUUGGGAAUAGCGUAGACUAGCACUUGUAACUAGCUGUUAAAGUUACAGUUCUUUGUUUUGAGUUAAUUACAGCUCGAAUUCUAACACCCCAGCAAACUGCCGAACCCCAUAGAUAAAGGUCCAAUUGAGGUGUAUUCAUUGUUAGCUGUAUGGUAAAGGUUGAAUUCGUAUCGCAAAAUAAUGGUAAGAUUCAGGCAAGGUUCUCUGAAGGUCUAUGGGUAAUCCAUUAAUGUAAAAUCUGACAUGUAAAAUGCCCAACAGGAAGACAAAAAAAAAGAAGAAAGCGUCGAGAAUAUUAAGUAAUCAUGGACAGCACCAAUAAAACACAGCCUGCUUUCGAGGGCAGCGAGAAAGCAAGCAAGGUGCACAAACAAACGCUUAUAUUUAAAAUUUCGGUUAUUCGAUACAGCUUCAACGUGGGUAGGUCUAAAGUCAUAUGACAAAAACAUUAGAAAAAGGCUUUUACAAUCACCUAUAACUAACACAAAAAGCUGUACAGCAAAAAACGAAAAUGGUUACGAUCUUGCAGCAAUUCUAAAAAUGCUGGCAUUUUUCCGGUAGUGGCGCCAUCAAUACCGUUAUUCACUGUGGCUUAUUGCAACAAACAGAUUUUGUAUUUUGGCCGACAUUGUAAAAAAAUUCAUUAUGCUAACCUAGUUCGGAUGAGAUUUAUGGAAUUUAUACCUAGUCCCAAAUAUUUUCCACAUUUAAGAUUAGACUGAGCUGCACUAAGGUUGUUUCCCGCUCACAUUACCCUGCAUCGCUACUAGGCCCCACUGUUUAAGAAACACGACUGUAAUGAUUAGGGCUUUCGGUGCAAGUUUAACAAACUAUUAUACCAUUGAAUUAUUAUGUUAGUCGCAGCGACAAUAAAAUAAAAACCUCGAUAAGAAUCAUUGUUUUUAGAAAUUUUUAGAAUAAUACUAAUAGUAAUAGCGCUGAUUGUUACUACCCGAAACGAUGUUUGACUCUUUAUUACGAUUACUUGGUUCUUAUUAUUAUAUAUUGGAGUUCUUUAUUGCAGUUAAUUAGAACUUCAUGUUUAGCGUUAUUAACACGAUACUGUUUUUACCGCGUUGUUGGUAUUGCCUUUUGAUUGCUAUACGUACCUAUUCAUCAUGGUGGACACACCAUCUUGUUAUACAACAUAAGAUGAAGCUGGAGAAUUAGCGAUUAAUUAAUAUCGCAAUAUAAAACGAGAGGGUUAUUAUAGCUAUAUUAUAUUAUUAAAAUGAACGCUACUAAAUGGUCAUCAUGAGAACAGUGAAAUAAUAAAAACAAUAAUACAGAGAAGAAAAAUAUAAACACCGGUGAAAAAACUAGUAACGCUAGAAAAUCUUGCUAAACUUGAUGCCACUAACAUGCUUGUAUUAUGUAACUGUUGAUUAAAAUUUUUACUUUUCAGUACCGAAUCAAGGCUAUUUUUUGCUGCGCUAUUCCCAGACUAGUUAAAAAAAUGAAACCGAUCUAAAGUAGCUCACACAGCCCAUUCGUUGCAAUUUCGGUGAUCAGAAACAGAGCACGUACUCGUACCAGCAACAAAAAUAUAACUGAAAAAAAACAGAAUAUACGCAUUUACUAAUAGUAACGGCAUAUGGACUUCUCCUUAGCCUUGACGGCUACAGAAACACUUAGACCUUCUUGAAUAAGGCAAAUUUCCAACAAGCAUAUCAGCAUUAAAAAAAACAGCCUAGUGAAGAGAAUAAUAGACCUCUAGGUGGUGAUGUUGUAAACAUGCGCUACACAAAUCAUCUCCAAACCAAUUUUAUUAAAACACUGCCUAGAUCGCAAAGCUGAAGGCGGUGAACUAACGGAAAAGACCGAACAUAUUGCGUUCUUGUGUGAACAAAAUUAAAAGAACAACCAGUCGAUGACCGUAUUAGAGCCAAGGACCAUGCCUUCCUUGUUGGUGGGUAGAAAAAACGCAGCCUAAUAUGAACUGAUAGGUGAUGAUGUUGACAAUGAUAAUGCUGUAGAUAAUAGGAGGAAGACCAUAACGGGAAAGCAGAGUGUCGGGCGCACGUUAUCUGUGCAAGUGAGGGAGAUUAAUUAGGAAAAAAAGCUGAAUAGAUAAGUGAAUAUCGAAAAGAGAGGCAUUAGGAAAAAGAUCGAUAGAUGACAACAGAAAUUUGUUGAUAUUAAUUGAAUUAUAAUUAUGAAUUAUAAUUACUAUUAGAUAAAAGAAAAACGUAUGCCUGUUGUUUGUGACUGACCAUUGAAACGCUUAAUUGAUUGAUUAACUACGGCAAGAACAUUGAGACGUGAAUAAUAAUAGAGACAAGUCGUUCGAGGCGUUAGUUAAUGGAGGACAAAAAUGAUCCUUUAAGAUGAGUGUGUCGGUUAUGGAUUGUUACUCCCUUUUGAGUCGCUGUCACCAACCGCUAAUUAUAAGCAAAUACAUACACUCAUAUGGAAACAUAUAUAAGAAUAUAGUUAUAUAUAUAUAUAUAUAAGACAUGACAAUUAUACAUAUUAUGGUUAAUAAAGUGAUGGUAAACGCUAUAUAUAUAUAUUAAACGUACGAUAUUGAAGAAGAUCAUAAUGAUUACGACAAGUUGCUAUUGUAAAUACAUUGUUUACUCUGUACAUACUAAAUACAAGAUAUAUAUGUAGUGUUUUAUCGACAACAACAACAAAAAUGAGUCUAUAUAAACAUAUUUCUCUGUUACGGCAUAAAUCUCUGUUAA